GUCGCUGUCCCCCGCAGUUUCCCCCCAUUGGCUGCAGAGAUGGGGGAUUUAGAGGCCGGGGAAACUACUGUGGAAAAACCCGAGCCUCCCCCUGCCCCCCCCGCGGAAGAGCCGGUGCUGUGGAGCCCGGAGGUUGAGGUGUGUCUGUUCCAUGCGAUGCUCGGCCACAAGCCGGUCGGCGUGAACCGCCACUUCCACAUGAUCUGCAUCCGGGACAAGUUCAGCCAGAACAUCGGGCGCCAGGUCUCAUCCCGAGUCAUCUGGGAGCACCUGCGGAGCAUGUACGAUAUGCAGGCCUUGCACGAGUCUGAGAUUCUCCCCUUCCCAAACUCGGAGAAGAACUUCAUUCUCCCGGAGGAUCUGAUUCAGGAGGUGAAGGAGGGGAAGGUGACGUCGGAGGAGGAGCUAAAGGAGGAAGUAAAGGAGGAAGUGGAAAUACACGGCGGCUCGGAUGAAGCUUUUGUCAACUCUGGGAAUUCUGGGAAAGGGCUGGACAAAGCCCCCGGGAAAGAGCGGACCCUCUCGGAAUCCAGCUCCAAGGAAUCGGGGGACAAGCGCAAGCGGAGCCGGCUCACCGAGAAAGUGCAGAACGCAAACAGCAACCCGUCCAGCCCGAACGCCAACAAGCGCAGGCGCACAUAGGGGCGGGGCUGAGAGAAGGGGUGUGGCUUCCCAAGGGGUCAGAACCGGCCCGCGUGUAACUGAACUAAUGGGUUGUGUGAGAGUCAGAACAUUCUGCCCCGGCUCUGGGGCAGUAGCCAGUAGACUGUAGAUCUCAAGGAUGUAAAUAUUUUUAGGGGGUAUGUGGGGGGGGGGGGUAGUGAAUCUACAUCCGCGGGGGCUGGGCAGACUGUGGCCCAAUCAAACCCUCGUUAAUCUACUGAUGAAUAAAUCAAUUCAUUUCCCAACCCCUCUAAUCUAUUAGCCACGGGCUGACCAUCUUUUUUAUACCCCCCCCCCCCCAAAAAUCAGCUUUGGAACGUUCCACUUUGCUCUUUCAUAAUGAAUUAGGCACAGUCAGCAGCCUGGGGCCCCCCCAGAAGGUUCCUCCAGGGAAUGGGGGGCUCUGGCUGUUCCCCACUAUAGAGUCUCGGGGGCUGUCCUGCGAGUGAUUCAGGGAGUUCAAUGAAUUUAUAAUGAACUUUCAGCAGACGGACAGGGGAUCGAUUCCCGCCGAAGGAUGUCGGGAUUUUACCCUACAGGGGGCAGCAGAGGUCUCUCCGGGUAUUUAAGGCAGUUUUUAUAAUAAUAUUUUUAAUGGAUUUUAUACAUAAAGUGUUGGACAAUG